AGAAACAAACUUCCGGUUCAGAAAUUAUAAUGAUUAUUUUUUGGCAACACAAUAAUAUAUCAUCAAAAUAUAAAGAACUUAAUCAAAUUUAAUGACAGAAAUUUUAAGAUAAUGGUAAAAUAAAAAUGGAUGAGUUCUAUGCAGAAACCGAUUUACUACUUGCAGAUCAAGCGAGCAUGGACUUGAGUACCAAAUAUCGUAGUGGUGCUAAUGGGACUACAGAAGGAAGAUCAAGUACUGUUAGUACUGAUGAUGAACUGUUAGAUAUAGGAGACGGAAGGAUGGAGGCACUAGGGAACUGGGCAGACUUGGAAGAAAUGGAACCCAAAUAUUCAAGUUCGUCAAAUUUGAUGGACACCUUGGAGGACCUGCCUUCAGGGAUUGGUCAAUAUGAGGAUUUCCACACAAUUGAUUGGUUAAGAGAUAUUGCAAGAGAUCGUAUGAGACAUCGUCACAUCACCAAAAAAAGACAAGAAGGAUGCUGGGAAAAGGUUUUAAGUGCACAUGAUGCAUGGUCAGGAUGGGUGUGUGUCUUGUUGGUUGGUGUUGCUGCUGGCCUCUGUGCUGGUGUUAUAGACAUUGGAGCCACAUGGAUGUCAGAUCUUAAAGAAGGCAUAUGUAAAGAAGCCUUCUGGUUAAAUAAAGAACAAUGCUGCUGGUCAGCCAAUGAUACAACAUAUGAUGAUGAGGGUUGUAGUCAGUGGAAUACAUGGUCAGAGAUAUUAGGAGCCCAGACUGGAAAGAAGGCAGCAGCUGGUGGCUACAUUGUAAAGUACCUGUUAUAUGUACUGUGGGCUGUAGUGUUUGCUAUGUUAGCCUCUUUGUUUGUACAUUCAUUUGCUCCCUAUGCCUGUGGUUCAGGUAUCCCUGAGAUUAAAACAAUAUUGAGUGGAUUUAUUAUUCGUGGCUAUUUAGGAAAGUGGACAUUAUUGACCAAGUCAGUAGGAAUGAUGUUAGCUGUAUCAGCUGGAUUAAGUCUUGGUAAAGAAGGACCAUUUGUUCAUGUUGCUGCAUGCUGUGGCAAUAUAUUUUCUUAUUUAUUCCCUAAAUAUGGCUCCAAUGAAGCUAAGAAAAGGGAGAUAUUAUCAGCAGCUGCAGCAGCUGGAGUCAGUGUGGCGUUUGGUGCACCUAUUGGUGGAGUAUUGUUUAGUUUAGAGGAAGUUAGUUACUAUUUUCCAUUGAAGACCCUGUGGAGAUCAUUUUUCUGUGCACUAGCAGCUGCAUUUGUACUGAGAUCUAUUAACCCAUUUGGCAAUGAUCAUCUUGUGAUGUUUUAUGUAGAAUAUAAUGAACCCUGGUACUUACAGGAACUAAUACCAUUUAUAUUCCUAGGGGCAUUAGGGGGUUUAUAUGGAAGUUUUUUUAAUAAAAUGAAUAUUGCCUGGUGUAGAUAUAGGAAGAAUUCAAAGUUAGGACAAUACCCAAUAGUUGAGGUUUUAGGAGUUACCUUAGUAACAGCCAUUCUCAGUUAUCCAAACAAAUAUACAAGGAUGAACACAAGUGAAUUGAUCAGACAGUUGUUCAGUAGGUGUGGAGCUGAAGAUAAAACAAUGUUAUGUGAUUACAACAGAAACUCCACCUCUUUGAGUUCUUACACCUCCAGUACAGUAGCAGGGGAUGAAGUUUACACAGCCCUGUGGAUGCUGUUUCUGGGACUACUAUUUAAAGGUCUAAUUACUAUUUUUACCUUUGGUAUAAAGGUUCCUUCCGGUUUAUUUAUUCCCAGUAUGGCAGUAGGAGCUAUUGUAGGAAGAAUUGUUGGUAUAGGCGUGGAACAGUUAGUAGUGAGGAACCAUGACAACCCAUUUUUCCAGAAUAUGUGCCAAUCAAAACAGUUCUGUACCAUAACACCAGGAUUGUAUGCCAUGGUGGGGGCUGCUGCAGCUUUAGGGGGAGUUACAAGAAUGACUGUAUCUUUAGUGGUAAUUAUGUUUGAGUUGACUGGUGGAUUGCAGUAUAUUGUGCCACUAAUGUUAGCUGUGAUGACAAGUAAAUGGGUUGGAGAUGCUUUAGGAAAAGAUGGAAUAUAUGAUGCACAUAUAGCAUUAAAUGGUUAUCCAUAUUUAGACAGUAAAAAAGAAUUUACACAUACUACUAUAGCAGCUGAUGUGAUGAGGCCAAGAUACUGGAGAUAUGGUGCUGCUCAGAGAAAUGAUCCUCCACUUUGUGUAAUUACACAAGAUUCUAUGACUGUAGAGGAAGUGGAAGCCAUAUUUAGAGAUACAAGUCAUAAUGGGUUCCCUGUAGUAUUAUCCAGUGAAUCUCAAUAUCUUGUUGGUUUUGUUUUACGAAGAGAUUUAAUGUUAGCCAUUGCUAAUGCAAGAAAAAAUCAAGAAGGAGUAGUUAGUAAUUCUAUAGUCUAUUUUUCAAGUCAAGUACCAAAUAAUCCUAAUGAUCCUGCUCCACUUAAACUGAGGAAAAUAUUAGAUAUGGCACCUAUUACAAUAACUGAUCAGACUCCAAUGGAAACAGUUGUAGAAAUGUUCAGAAAACUUGGAUUAAGACAGACAUUAGUUACACAUAAUGGCAACAGACAACUCUAUAAUAAAGGAAAGUUUUACUUCAAACAAGAGAAAAAGAGAUUAUCUGUUGGAAGACUCCUGGGUAUUAUAACAAAGAAAGAUGUUUUACGGCAUGUUGCACAACUUGGAAACCAGGAUCCUGAAUCUAUAUUGUUUAAUUAACUUCCUGGUUUGUUGUCAUUGCAACAUUCCUCUGUGUUUAAUGUGUGGAUAACACUCUAUCUGAGAGGACAACAAAUGAUUGUAAAGAUACAUUGCUAUAUGUUAACGCUAAAAGGAUAAUUUAUUGUUGUAAGGAUAGUGAUGUGAGAUAUAUAAUUGAGCGGGUACUUGAAAGGAUAGAUACAUUCCUGGUUGUUUAGAUUCAUUCCACAAUGUCCUCUAUCAUGUGACUGUAUGCUGUGUUAUUAUUCAGUAGAAUUGUUUUAUAAGCUUCCAUGUGUAAGUUGUUAACAUAAGUAAACAAGAAUUAGAAAUGCAUGUGUGUGUUAGAAAACCAUAUUUCCUUUUCUAAAAAUACUGGUGUAGUUUUACAUUACUACUAUAGUGUGGACAGCUGAUAUGUUGUUAUGCUAAUACAUGGUUGAAGUAUUUUCUAGAAAUACUGGUGGAGUUUUACAUUACUACUAUAUUAGAAAUACCUGACUUAUUUUCGCACAUUUCUCAUUUAAGGGAUUUAGGAUCAUAAUUUUGUUUUAGUUUUACAUUGCUUCUAUAUUGUUGACAGCUAAUAGGCUAUAUGCUAAUACUAUCAGAGGGAUACAUUGUCCAAGUCUUUUCCAGAAAUACUGGUAUCGUUUUACAUAAUUUCUAUACUAGGGAUACCUGAUUUAGUUUUACACAAAUUCUAUUUCAGGAACAUCUACAAAAAUCUAUUUGAAGGGAUACCAGAUUCAACUUCAUAGUUAUCCUACUUAAUAAGGUCAACAAUAUACAUGUUACAGUAGUCAGUGUAGUUCUGUUGUAUUCUACCUGUGUAUUAUAUGUGGUUUAUAAAUCUGUGAAACUGGUUUUAUACAAAUGAUAUUAAUCUCACAUUUAUUUGUUUUGUUAUGUUUUGUAAAUUAAACACAUAAAAUCAUUUAAAGUAUAUAUGGGCUGAUGUGUAUGGUUACAAAAUGUUAUACAUUUACUCAAGAUAUUAACACUGUAAUUAUAGAUAAAACCAUGUUAGGUUGAUGUACUGUGACUUUGUGUGUGGUUAAGUAAUAAUUCUUAUUUCUAGUGUAUAUACUAAUCAUUGAUAACAAACUGAUAUUUAAUGUGCAGAGUUGGCUCGACUUGGCUGUGAUAAUCUAUUUUAGUAGAAUUUUAUGUUUACUGAAUAACCUGAGUUAACUGUAUGUAAUUAAUAUCAAUAUUUAUUAUGCUUGAGUUUAUGUGUUAUGUAUGUGUCAUCAUGUUUAAACUGUACAAAAAAGUAAUGUAAAGAUUAAAAAUAUCAGUUGAUUUGUUCCUUCAUCCUUGUUCUUUCAUUAUUGGAAAGUCCAUACUGCGGGUGUUUUUGCAAAGUUUUUUAGAUUCUUUCCAGACAUAUGUUACACUGUAUAGAAACACUCAAGAAGAUGAUGACUUGUAUGCACACAGGUCAUAUGUAUGAUACUUUUAGUUAACAUUUUCAGUUCUCCACUUUAAUAUUGUGAAAUAAAUUAAAAAGAACUGUCGGUUUUUAUCUAUGAGAUUCUUAAUUAGAUUCUCAUUUAACAAAGUAUGAAAGAAAAUAAAAUGAAAAAAAACUUACCAACCCCUUGACUUUGUAAAAUACACAACAUUUAAAUCUUGAUUUUUUGCAUAGCCAUUCAUACAUUUAGUUUGCGAAAAUAAAAUGUGGUUGAAAUGUUCAUUGAAAAUUAAAGAAAUGAAAUGAAUUUAUACAUUGCAACAUCUUCUCAAAUGUAUAAGAAAGCGAGGUAUUAUUGAAGUUUAAGAUGAUUCUAAUCACUGAGCAAAAACAUUAGACACUGUUUACAUCGAAAGAAAGAUUUAUGGAAAGAAUAAAAAAAUAUUAACAAAAAAUGGCCAAAUAUUUGUGACAGAAGUAAAUAAUUCAAAAAACCAUUGUGUUAUUUUCUUAUGAGAUUAUUUUGUUUACACGUGUAAUGGAAGUGUAAGUGUAUAAUUUAUUUUAUAUCAGUCUGAAUGUGAAUCCAGGAUAUACAAUACUGUAUGAUGUAGGGUAAGUGUAUGUAAACAUGGAUAACACAAUCUAGAUAUUAUUUUUAGUGUAAUGAAAAAAAGAUUUGCUAUAGGCAAGUUGUUUCAAUACAUAUUAUAUGAAUAUAGUCCCCAAAUAUUGAACAAGUAAUUUAUUUCUAUUUUCAUGUGUUGCUUAUUGAAUGGACCAUGUAUAAAGUAUAAUUAAACACGUCUCUUUGUUAAGUCUUUGGUUUGGAAAUUUAAAUAUAAAACAAAUACAAAACAUGUGAGAUACAUUAUUAUUGUAGUUUGCUUCAUCAUGUGUUUGUCAGAUUUGAAUACAUUGUACUGUACCGUCAAUCCAUGAAUCCCAUAUUCAAAUCAUCUUUAAAAAAAAUCCUGUUUUACAAGAAUGGUGUCUUGUAUCAUAUGUGUACUAGUAAGUGUUGUUUGAACUGCUGAGAAUUCGAAAGAUGAGACAAGACGAAACAAUCUUUUUUUUAAUGUCAAUAACAACUUUUUGUUAUUUCUAUGUUGUUGUUCAAGGAAAAUCCCUGCUUAUUAAAUUUAUUAAUUUCAUCUCAAAAUUAUGAAUUGAUACAUUUGUUUGCAAAAUAUAUAUAUAUUGGUCAAAAGUACAAAAAAGAGUUCCAUUGAUGAUAAUUGCAUCAUUUCGAAAAUGUUUCUUUGGAGUUGAGAUUAUUUUCUCUAAAAUAAAAGUUAAAAAAGAGACCAAUUUUGCUGUGCAAAAUUUGUUUAAACUUUUGUUAAAUCAUUAUGAAGUCAUGUUAGAUGGUGUCAUAUGUUUGCAUCAUUCCGUCUUUUGACUGUUAACAUGUUCAUCUCAGAUGGAACCACCAAGUGAAAUAAUAAAUAAUACAAUGAAUUCUUCUUAUCAAUGGGGGACCUACCUUCUACUCUUACCAUAGAAAAGUUGAUGUUUACAUUGGCCUCCUUUUCUUACAAUAGACAUUAUAAUAAUGACAUUGUCCUUCACCUCUUACCAUUGACGAGUUAUUUAAUUUAUAUAUCAAAACAUGUUGAAAGUUGAAGUAUGUAUGUAUUGAUGAUUGGUGAAUUGAUGUAGUAUCUUAUUGAAACUAAAUAUGAAUAAAGAUCUGAAUAAUC